CGCCCCCGUGUGGGCUUCGCUCUGGCCAGUCGCGCGUGGGCUGAGGCCCUGGGCGGGCGUUGCGAAGGCUUGUUUGCUUGAGCGCUGACCCCGGGGCCGUCCGGAGUUCUCUACCUCGGGGUUGGAAGGUGUAGACCCCCUACCUAAGGUGAAUGUGCUGUCUCGUGGGCUGCUAAGGCCAGGCGGGGAGCACGGGGGCCGGGGCAGCGGCCAUGAACUCGCCCGUGGACCCCGGCGCUAGGCAGGCGCUGAAGAAGAAGCCUCCCGAGCGGACCCCCGAGGAUUUAAAUACUAUUUAUUCUUAUCUUCAUGGAAUGGAAAUACUAUCAAAUCUCAGGGAACAUCAGCUUAGAUUAAUGUCUGCAAGAGCACGCUAUGAGAGAUACAGUGGCAAUCAAAUUCUUUUUUGUUCAGAAACUGUUGCCCGAUGUUGGUAUAUCCUGCUUUCUGGAUCUGUGCUUAUGAAAGACUCCAUGGUCUUGCCUCCUUGCAGUUUUGGUAAGCAGUUUGGAGGAAAAAGAGGAUGUGAUUGUCUUGUAUUAGAGCCUUCAGAAAUGAUUGUGGUAGAAAAUUCCAAAGAUAAUGAAGAUAGUAUUCUACAAAGAGAAAUUCCUGCCAGACAGUCUCGACGAAGGUUUCGGAAAAUUAAUUAUAAAGGAGAACGCCAAACCAUUACCGAUGACGUGGACAUUAACAGCUAUCUUUCUCUUCCAGCCGAUCUUACCAAGAUGCACAUCACAGACAACCCUCAUCCACAGGUGACUCAUGUGUCUUCUAGUCAGUCUGGUUGUAGUAUCGCCAGUGACUCUGGGAGCAGCAGUUUAUCUGAUAUUUACCAGGCUACAGAAAGUGAGGUAGGAGAUGUAGAUUUAACACGUCUUCCAGAAGGACCUGUUGAUUCUGAAGAUGAGGAAGAGGAAGAUGAAGAGAUUGAUCGAACAGAUCCACUACAGGGGCGAGAUCUUGUUCGAGAAUGUCUUGAGAAAGAACCUGCAGACAAAACUGAUGAUGAUAUUGAACAGUUACUGGAGUUUAUGCACCAGCUCCCUGCUUUUGCAAACAUGACCAUGUCUGUAAGGAGAGAACUCUGCUCAGUAAUGAUUUUUGAAGUGGUAGAGCAGGCCGGAGCUGUUAUUCUGGAAGAUGGGCAAGAGCUUGACUCAUGGUAUGUUAUUUUAAACGGCACUGUAGAAAUCACUCAUCCAGAUGGAAAAGUUGAAAAUCUCUUUAUGGGAAAUAGUUUUGGAAUUACUCCCACUCUGGAUAAGCAGUAUAUGCAUGGAGUUGUUAGGACUAAAGUAGAUGAUUGUCAGUUUGUCUGCAUAGCCCAGCAGGAUUAUUGGAGAAUUUUAAAUCAUGUGGAGAAAAACACCCAUAAAGUUGAGGAAGAGGGAGAAAUUGUUAUGGUGCAUGAACACCGUGAACUAGAUCGGAGCGGAACCAGGAAAGGACACAUUGUAAUCAAGGCAACACCUGAACGUCUCAUCAUGCAUUUAAUAGAAGAGCAUUCCAUCGUGGACCCAACUUAUAUAGAAGAUUUCCUACUAACUUACAGAACAUUUCUUCAGAGUCCUUUGGAUGUUGGGAUCAAACUGUUGGAAUGGUUUAAAAUUGACAGCUUAAGGGAUAAGGUAACACGGAUUGUGUUAUUAUGGGUAAACAAUCACUUUAAUGAUUUUGAAGGUGAUCCUGCUAUGACUCGAUUUCUGGAGGAAUUUGAAAAAAAUCUGGAAGAUACAAAAAUGAAUGGUCAUCUCCGGUUAUUGAAUAUUGCCUGUGCUGCAAAGGCCAAGUGGAGGCAGGUUGUGCUGCAAAAGGCUUCCCGGGAGUCCCCUCUGCAUUUCAGCCUUAAUGGAGGAAGUGAGAAGGGAUUUGGUAUUUUUGUUGAAGGAGUAGAACCCAGUAGCAAAGCUGCUGAUGCGGGACUGAAACGUGGUGAUCAGAUAAUGGAAGUAAAUGGACAAAACUUUGAGAACAUUACAUUUGCAAAGGCCGUUGAAAUUUUAAGGAAUAAUACUCACCUUGCACUUACUGUGAAGACCAACAUUUUUGUGUUCAAAGAGUUACUUAGUAGGACUGAACAAGAAAAAUAUGGAGUUCCUCAUAUUCCUAAAAUUGCUGAAAAAAAAAGUAAUCGCCAUUCAAUCCAGGAUGUACCAGGAGAUAUCGAACAGACAUCACAGGAGAAAGGAAAUAAGAAAAUAAAAGCAAAUACUGUUUCAGGUGGAAGAAACAAAAUCAGGAAAAUUUUGGAUAAAACACGGUUUAGUAUCCUGCCUCCAAAACUGUUCAGUGAUGGAGGCCUGAGCCAGUCGCAAGAUGACAGCAUUGUGGGAACAAGACACUGCAGGCACAGUCUGGCUAUAAUGCCUAUUCCUGGAACACUCUCUUCCAGCAGCCCUGAUCUCCUGCAGCCUACCACCAGCAUGUUGGAUUUUUCUAAUCCUUCAGAUAUUCCUGAUCAAGUUAUAAGAGUUUUCAAAGCAGAUCAACAAAGUUGCUACAUUAUCAUCAGUAAAGACACUACAGCUAAAGAAGUUGUUUGUCAUGCUGUUCAUGAAUUUGGUUUGACUGGUGCGUCUGACACGUAUUCUCUCUGUGAAGUUUCUGUUACUCCUGAGGGUGUCAUAAAACAGAGAAGACUUCCGGACCAGUUCUCCAAAUUAGCUGAUAGAAUUCAGCUCAAUGGAAGGUAUUAUUUAAAAAAUAACAUGGAAACAGAAACUUUAUGUUCAGAUGAAGAUGCCCAAGAACUAGUUAAGGAAAGCCAACUGUCCAUGCUGCAGCUCAGUACCAUUGAGGUGGCCACUCAGCUAUCAAUGAGGGACUUUGAUUUGUUUCGUAAUAUUGAGCCUACUGAAUACAUCGAUGACCUUUUUAAGUUAGAUUCCAAAACAGGAAAUACUCACUUGAAAGAGUUUGAGGACAUUGUUAACCAGGAGACAUUCUGGGUUGCUUCAGAGAUUUUAACUGAACCAAAUCAGCUCAAACGAAUGAAGAUUAUUAAGCAUUUUAUUAAAAUUGCACUUCAUUGUAGAGAAUGUAAGAACUUCAAUUCCAUGUUUGCAAUAAUAAGUGGCUUGAACCUGGCAUCUGUAGCACGACUCAGAGGUACUUGGGAAAAAUUACCAAGCAAGUAUGAGAAACACCUCCAGGAUCUACAAGACCUUUUUGAUCCAUCUAGAAACAUGGCAAAAUAUAGAAAUAUUCUUAGUAGUCAAAGCAUGCAGCCUCCAAUUAUUCCACUCUUCCCUGUUGUCAAGAAAGAUAUGACAUUUCUACAUGAAGGGAAUGACUCCAAAGUAGAUGGUUUAGUGAAUUUUGAGAAGCUAAGAAUGAUUGCCAAGGAAAUCCGUCAAGUUGUUCGAAUGACUUCUGCUAACAUGGACCCAGCUAUGAUGUUUCGACAGAGGAAGAAGAGGUGGCGGAGUCUGGGGUCAUUGAGUCAAGGCAGCACAAACUCUAACAUGCUAGAUGUUCAAGGAGGUGCUCACAAGAAAAGGGCACGCCGCAGCUCUCUGCUCAACGCCAAGAAGCUAUACGAGGAUGCCCAAAUGGCAAGAAAAGUGAAGCAGUAUCUUUCCAGUCUGGAUGUAGACACAGAUGAGGAAAAGUUUCAGAUGAUGUCAUUGCAGUGGGAGCCUGCCUAUGGUACCUUGACUAAGAAUUUCAAUGAGAAAAGAUCGGCCAAGUCAUCAGAAAUGUCUCCAGUGCCUAUGAGAUCAGCGGGCCAAACAGCUAAAGCACAUUUGCAUCAGCCUCACAGAGUGAGCCAGGCACUCCAAGUGCCAGCUGUUAAUUUGCACCCCAUCAGGAAGAAGGGACAAGCAAAAGACCCCGCCACAUUAUGUACAAAUUUACCUCAGAAAGUUUUAGGGACAACUGAAGAAAUAAUUGGUAAGAAACAUCCAGAAGAUACGAUCUCUGUGGCAUCAUCCUUACAUUCUAGUCCUCCUGCAUCUCCUCAAGGCUCUCCUCGCAAAGGUUGUACACUUAUGCCAUCAACUAAAUCUGACAACUUGUCUGACUCCAGCCAUAGCGAAAUUUCUUCACGAUCCAGCAUCGUGAGCAAUUGUUCUGUUGACUCCAUGUCUACAGCUCUACAGGAUGAACGGUGUUCUUCACAUGCUAUGGCGGUCCCUGAAUCCACUGGACCAUUGGAAAAAACAGAACACUCCUCAGGGAUAGGAGACCAUAGUCAGCUGGGCCCUGGGUGGACACUGUCAAAGCCAUCUCUAGUCAAGAGUUUAGCUGUGUCAUCUUCUAUGAGUAAUGAAGAGAUUUCUCAUGAACAUAUCAUUUUAGAAGCAGCCGAUAGUGGUCGUGGAAGCUGGACUUCCUGUUCAAGCAGCUCCCAUGACAACUUCCAAAGCCUUCCAAACCCAAAAGGCUGGGAUUUUUUGAACUCUUACCGACAGACCCAUUUGGAUGGCCCCAUUGUUGAAGUUGAACCCCCUGACUGUGAGCCCUAUUCCUGUCCUAAAGGCUGCUCCCGAACUUGUGGUCAAUGUAAAGGAAGCCUAGAGACUAAUCAGAUGAGACAGAGUUGGGCCUCCUCCAGUUCUCUGUCUGACACAUAUGAACCAAACUAUGGGACAGUUAAAAGGAGAGUGUUGGAGAGCACCCCACUUGAGUCCUCUGAAGGCUUGGACCCCAAGGAUGGCACUGACCCAGUUUAUAAAACUGUUACUUCAAGUACAGAAAAGGGCUUGAUUGUGUACUGUGUCACCUCACCCAAGAAGGAGGAUAGGUAUAGGGAGCCACCUCCCACUCCUCCAGGAUACAUGGGCAUUUCUUUAGCGGACCUAAAGGAAGGACCCCACCUACACCUAAGACCUCCAGAUUAUAGUGUGGCAGUGCAGAGGUCAAAGAUGAUGCAUAACAGCCUCUCUAGACUUCCACCAGCUUCUCUCGGUAGCAGCCCCGUGGCCUGUGUUCCAUCGAAGAUUGUAACUCAGCCUCAGAGGCAUAUUUUGCAACCAUCCCAUCCUAAACUAGCAGAUGUGACUGACGCAGAUAGCGAAACAGAUGAAAAUGAACAGGUCUCAGCAGUCUAGACUUUGGAGCACCCGUUUGAAGUUUACUGAAAGUCGUCGGGGAAGGAGUGGGUAGAACCACGUCAUGAUUCUGCAGGCCAUUGCCAACAAAAAGCUUGCUGCUGCUGCUAAUCCAGAGGUUUCAUUCCCCGUACCCUGAGCAAUGAAAUAGCCCUGAGUUAUGCUUCCUUUUAUUUAAUCCUUGUAGAUGCAUAGUUUCUUCAGCUAUGGAUAUUGUGCCUGGAAACCAGUCUUCACUUCACACACCAGACCUGCCUUGGGACCACAGUUACUAGAACAGAUUCAAACUCAGAGUCCUCCCUGUGUAUAUCAGAUUUUUCUUGAAGAAGUUAUUUUUAAGAGAGUAGUGGUAGUAUUUCCAAGCCAUAGCUUGGGUUAAUGGACAAAUUGAAAAUGUCUGCCAAUACCAAGGAUACUCUUGUGUAUUUGAAAAGUAACUUAUUAUUUCAAGUUUUGUGGUUUUCUUUGUAUUGGGGAGCUACCAUUAGUGGAUGUUUAUGUUUUAGGCCAUAAAACUGUCUCUGGUCUGAACAAACUGAAGUCAUCUUUACAGGAUGAUAUGCUUAAUGUAUACAGAGAUGAACUUGAUCUGUUGCACCAGUGCAAGGUAGGGUCUCCGUUUGAGUGGGGAAGGAAGCCGUAUUUGGUUGAGGUGUUAGGAGGGAAGAUACUGCCAUCUGCUGAUUUGGAAGGCCAAAUGAAGCUGCCACAGGGUUUCUUAUCAGUCCUUUGGGAAAGGGAGGCUAUAAUUAGGUCGGUAGCCACCCUCAUCUCUAAAGAAUGAAGUUUUCCUUAAACAUGUAUACCAACCGUUUUUGAAGUGAAUGUCGUGCUGCAUCUACCUAGAAGUAUAAAUCCAGUAAGUAGGGAAUGGGUUCUAGAGAGUUCUGCAGAAACCCAAAACAAAAAUUUUUAAAUGCUCAAAUAAUGGAGUUCUUUUUUUAAGAAGGAAGUGCAAUCAUUGAUGUGUAAUCAUGGAGAUGAAUUAAGCUUUAUGUAAUGUUCUGCAACAUCCCCUCCACUCAAUCUCACAGCAUGAGGCUGUGUUCAUAAACCUUGUGGCCCCCAGCUGCCUGCAACACAGCUCAUUAGUGUACCAAGGUAUUAAUUGGUUGAAAAUUUUAGGGGGGACAGAGGAGCUAGAAUUAUGGGAAUGAUUCUCUCUUGGCUCUCAGGUUAAGCCCUUGAGAGGAAAGAGAUCUGUGUUUUAACAGUCUGUUGGGCAUGGCGCUCCUUAACUGUUCAGUUAAAAUUUCCGUGACUGUUUACUGGGCGACCUAGACCUUACACAUUUUUACAAAUUAAAUACGGUGUUUUCUAUAUCUUAAGUUUAAAUUUAAUCAUGUUUUAAAAAUGUAAAUGCAGGUGAGAGCUUAAUUAACUUCUAUGACUACCAAAAAAAGAAAAAAAAAAAAAGCCAAAGCCAUUCAUGUGCACUACCCAGAUCAACUUGGAGCCAAAAUGGGAUUACUUCUGAGUACUAGUUGUCUAUGUGUGAAUUUAUAGGAUUUAGCUGGUUUGUGAUUUCCUUUUCAAGACUGUGUUUCCUCUUUUUUUCCUAGCUGUCUCUUCUCUCUCUCCUUCCCUGCACCCCCCACCUCCACCCCAACCCUUGGUUUUUGUUGUUGUUGUUGUUAAAUAGGCUUCAUGCCUUAUGUGGAAUUUGAACUGUUGACCCUGAGGUUAAGAGUCACAUGCUCUACUGACUGAGCCAGUUAGGCACCUCUCCCACCCCAGUCCCCUUCGUUUUAAAAUCAUGAAUCAUUUCCAAGUGGUAAGUGGCAGUGGUCUAUCUUUUCUGCCAAAAUGAUUGUCUCUUCAUUUUAGGAAAAAUAGCCUAUCUGAAAACUUCUUUGGGCCAAAAACAAAAAAACAAAACAAAAAAAUGUCAAUCUGAAACUUAAAGCCUUAAAAACCUGCCCACCACCCCACCCCACCAGGUAUGUCAGAAUGAGGCUAAUUGGCUCUCUAGCUUUCUUGGUCUGUUGAAAUGGAAGAUGGCCUGGAUCAAAAAUCCUGGUUUAAAAGUCACACUGUAGUGAUUUAACCUAUAAAUACUGGUCCUUUGAUUACAAAAAAUGUUCUUUCACUGAUUUAUGCAGUAUUGUUUUCAUGUCCAGAGCCAAACAAAGAAAAUGAAAGAUACUUUUGUUAGUCAUUUUUUUUUGUCAAGUUUGAGUAUUUAUUCUAUUUUAUAUCCAUUUCCCCAGAAAAAAAAAAUGUGCUGUUUGUAAAAUAUCUGUUCAUUUGCAGGUGUUUGAAAUCAUAUGGGAGCCUUACCUGUCUUUGUCCUUAAUGGUGUCAAUAAUAUCUUGCACAGAGAGUCAGAGGCUGUGCUUUGGGACUGCACCUUGUAGCUGACUUUGUCUGGCUCCAGCUGUGAGUGUUUGAGUCAGCCAAUCACAGUGAUCAGGAACUAAAGCCAAAUGCUUUGUAUGUGGUAUGUGUGUAUCUCCUAAGAACUCAUGGAGUUUGGAUUUUUACAUUUUAAUUUUAAUUUAGGGAACACUUCUGCCUUCUCUUAGUUUGUUACAUGACUAGAACAAGAGAAGCCUUAACCUGUAUUUCCUCCAGUUCUCAAUCCCCAUUUGUUUUUGUUUUUAUUUUUAUUUUAAAAUUUUAAUGAGACUAGUGCCCUCAUCCCACCUCAACUCUAAAUCUGUCGGGACUUAAUGAAGUAGUAAAUCCUCAGUGCAAAGUUUCUACCAAGUAAGUUUCAACAAAACAGUUUCUUCAUAAUGAAAGAUUUGAACAAUGAAUAAAUCCAGUAUAUACUUCCAUAAAAGUUUAUCUUAAGUCGUAGAUUCUUAUUUCCUCCAAAUGAUUACUAUGAAUCUGAUCUUUGGGGAGAAAAAGACUUAACUGUUUUUUCAUGAGGGUGAUAAGUCACACUGUCAUCAUCUGUAUAACCUCCUUGAGAAUCUCCCAGGCCGGGAAAUGAGGCAGUAAUCAUGAGGAUUCCCAAGAACAAACCUAAUUUUUAUAAAGUGUUCUCUUCUCUAUAAAAAGAAGGAGAGGAAGAGUUUCUUUGUAUAUUUAAAACAAUUACUGUUAUUCUGAUACAUUUUAAGUUUCUAAAAAAUGUGAUAUUAAAGUAGAUGUAUCCCAUUAGCAGUACCUUAAAGGCCAGAAAAAAGGGAUAAAUCUUCAAAAAAGUGUCACAGUACAUUUUCAAAUUUAAACUUGAACUCCAGUUCAUCUUCAGCUUUUGUUGUGCUUUUUUAAGGCUUCUUUAUUUUUGAUACACAGAAUGCAGUUGUACUUGACCUUUUGAAAUAGAAACAUGUGAGCUUAUCAGAAAAAGACAAAACAAAACUGCACAGUUGUAAUUGAAUGCAAUUAUACUGCACAAUUCAGUGAUUGUAAAGUAUCCUGUAAUGAGCAAUGUUUGUCUCCUAUUUUUUGAUACCUCUUAAACUUAUGUCUUUUAGAAAGACAGUGCCUCUGUAUGCUUUUUGUAUUUUUACUGAGUGUAAAUAUUUGUUAUAUUUUUGGUUAAGAGAAUGUAAAAGUACUGUUUAUUAUUAUCAUAUCUACUAAUACAUUGGUGGAAUCAAUAAAGAAUCUACAUUAACCUUC